CUAUAUGGUUCUGCACCCCAACCAAGCGUGGGUCAUGCACAUGCGGAAAUGCCAGUAGAUUGAACCCGACAAAGGAUAUGGACAGGAUAAUUUCUGAGCCGAAUUAGACUUCAGAUAAACACCGCAUUCGGAGAGAUGAGCUAUUUUAUGUUACAUCUAUAUUAAGAAAAUGCCUAUUUAAUUGCACCACAAGAGACGCGGCUUGCAAAUACGGCUAAUUAUCCUGCAGCUUUUGUGCAGUAGACAAAGUUAACUAGUUGAUCACAUAGGCUAGGUGAACCCCAAGAGUUGUAUUAUCAUCCUGCCUGUCCUCCCGCACUGGCUAUAAAAGUAUGACUUGUGCGGAUCAUUCUUCAGAGUUCAGCCUGGACUGUACAUGCUGCCCUGACGUUGCGUUUCAUCCCUUCUAACAAUUCAGAUUGAAAACAGAAGUAAAGCCGGAAGUCAAUGGAAACAACAGCGCAAGACUUGAGUAACGUCACCCGCCCGGUCGGAUUCUACAUAAGAGGUUUCUACGCGCUAAAAAAAGGAGAAUAUUAUUUUAUAUUUCUGGCGGUUGUUUACGUCGUGACACUUGUGUCAAAUGCAAUCUUGAUGUUAAUCAUAUGCUUCACAGAAACCCUCCACACGCCCAAGUACAUGGCCGUGUUCAGCCUGGCUGUGGUGGACAUUUGUCUCAGCUCCGCUCUCAUUCCCCAAGCUAUCCAUAUGUUUAUCUUUGAUUCAAAAUUCGUGUAUUACAACCCUUGCAUAGCACAAAUAUUCUUCGGUCAUUACUUUGCAGCGAUGGAAUCAUUUUCUCUCUGUGUUUUAGCCUACGACAGGGUCAUCGCUAUAUGUUUCCCAUUAAGAUGCAAUGUUAUAAAUACCCACUGUAAAAUGAUGCUGAUUAUUAUUGUGGCUUGGACAAUUCCGUUCAUCAUGUAUGUGGCGAUGGCUGCCUUGAUUCUCCCACUGAAGUAUUGUAAAUCGACUAUUGUCAACAGCUUCUUCUGUGAUCACGGACCGGUCUUUAAGAUUGCUUGCGGUGAUUAUACUAAAAACUGGUUUAUGGCCAUUAGUAACAUUGUAGUCUUUUACUUUGCUCCUUCUGCCUUCAUAGCUGCCUCAUACAUGUUCAUUAUUAACGCCAUUUUGAAGAUUAAAUCGUCAGAGGGAAGGUGGAAAGCGUUUAAAACGUGUUCUUCGCACUUAAUGUUGGUUGCUAUAUGUUUCGCUCCCUUUUACAUGACCUACAUCGUGGCAUGGGUCAAUGUGAACAUUGAUACGGACACCAGAAUUAUUAACACGUCCCUGGCUACCUGUAUUCCUCCACUUAUAAACCCAAUUAUAUACUCUCUGAAAACCGAAGAGAUAUUGGAGCAAAUUAAAAAGUACCUGAAAAUCAGUUUUCUGAAAAUGAAAACUUCUCCCAGCAGUUGAUAAAUCAUGAGCUCAUGAGUUAGGGUCAAGGGUCAAGAAAAUAGGCGAUAAGCCUUUUUUUACCUAGAAGGAACCCAGUAGACUUCUUAAAUAAGACUGCAAGCGAUCCAGUACAGCUUUCGGCUCAGCAUUUAGGAUCAACAUAACACAAAGAGAAACACGCGAAUUGGAGACUGCCUUGCUAUUUUAUGACCGAUAAAAGUCCCGGAAAGUCCCAGUCUUUAAUUCAAACUUAAAUUAGCUCAAAUACUCCUGGUUGAGAUCUGUGAACUAUUAACACUGGAGAACCGCAAUAAAUAUGACUUAAACCACCUGAUCUGAACAGGACAAGAAGUUUUAAAGACAGCUUCCACGAUUUUCAACCACUAUAGUAUGUUUUGCUUGAGCAGGUGACCAGUAUGUUUUGUCAUAUUUUGAAAAAUAAUGUUUUGAAGUGCCCAGGGCCAUGAACAAAAUCUAAAAUAAUAAAAAUUAAACAAGAAAAAUAAUACGCAAAACAUCUAUUUUUUAAUCUGUAAUGUUGAUGUACUAUAAUUUAAUUGGUGUGCAAUGCUUGUGGAGAUACAUAUUGACAUGUUGACAUGUUAUCACAGUUAUGUCUUGCUAUGGAGCGCGGUUGUAUUGCAUUUGUAUUGUUGCAGAAGAGUAGUUUGUGCACGUUUGUAUGUGUUUGCAAACAAGCAUGUAUGUAUGUAGGCCUAUGUGUAAGAAAGA